AUGAACAGAGGCUCAAGAGGCACGGCGCGUGGCCGCGCGGGCGCAGCCGCAUCACGCGACGCGACACCAAGAACGACACCAGCUGCGUCGUCGACGCCCACCCCAGGUCGCACCACGCCGAGCGCACUUGGGCGGACACCGAGCACAACACGCGGAGGACGCGGCGCAUCGGCGCCCACAACCGGACGCUUCCGACCCAAGAACAUUAGGCGAGAUGAGUCGGAGCGAGACAUCAUGGCGCGGGAGGAGGAGAAGAAGGCCUCUGCUCGCGCGGCCGAGGAGAAGAAAGCUCGAGGACGGGCACGAGGCAGGAGCAAGAAGACGCGAGGCGAUACAAUGGGGUCACGGGGCAACCGGAUGGGCAUGACUUCUUCCUCAGGUCUAUUCUCUGGUGGUGACUCGAGAUCUGGUGGCGGCUGGGGCGGAGGCGGUGGUGGAGGUGGCGGAGGCGGCUUCGCUUCCAGCUACACAUCAGGAGGCGGGCCCUCACGAAGCAGAGGACAGGCAGGCUUCCGCGAAGGCACCUCGGCGCCCUGGGACAAGCGAAUCAAUGCCGACAAGCUCCACAACCCACAGCCGGAUCAGGAAAUCGACAGUGCGGAUGAAGAGAUGAUGGAGGCGAUUGGCAAGAAGAUGGACGUCAUGCCCAUGGGUAUCUUCCGCAAGAAACACAAGGAGACAGAGGUCGUGGUGGCGACAACAGCCGAGCUCGAGGCCGCAGAGAACGCGGGUGAGGCUGUCGCUGUGGCACCUGAGGAGGAGGAGAGCCUAUGGGUCGAGGACGACACCGACCAAGACAAGCCCUCGACGACGGAGGUGACAACGGAGGAUGAAGAAAAGGCCGACAGCAUGCAAGGCAUCGUUAAGAAAGAAGCCGAGGAUGAGGACGUCAUGGACCUGGAAGAGAAAGUCAAGCAAAAGGUCAAGGACGCAGUCAAGAAGGAGAAGCCAAAGGUCGAGAUCAAGGUCAAGAAGCCACCCCAGGACCCCGAAGAACGGGUCAUCCAGUCGGACCUUGAUCUGCUGGCGGGCGAGCUCGGGGCUGUCACCAUGGACGGCGGGGCGCAGACGGAGAACCCGGCAAAUAAGGACGGCCGCAUGUAUCUGUUCCAGUUCCCGCCUCUGCUGCCGCCCCUGAAGCCGGGACCACAGCCGCACGCGGAGGGCAGGGUGAAGCCCGAGUCCAACGAGAUCUCCAUGUCCGACGUGCCGGCCGCGGAUCCCGCGCAGGUCGACCUGACUGGAGGGAACGACGACGCGGAUGGGGCCGAGGAGAACGAAAAGGGAGAAGACGACCCGGAGGAGGAGAACGGCUUCAUGUCCUCGCUGCUGACGCAGGGUGGCAUGGUGGGCAAGAUGGUGGUGCGGAAAUCGGGCAAGGUCGAGCUGGACUGGGGCGGGCGCGUCUUGGAGAUGAGCCCCGCGACCGGCAUGAACUUUACGACAACGGCCGUCAUUGUGGAGGAGAAUGACGAAAAGGCCGCGACGGGCGCCGUCGGGGGCGAUGGUAUCGGUAUGGGCAAGAUCAUGGGACGCUUUGUCCUGGCACCGGUCUGGGGCGAGGAGGAGGAGUGGAACGUGGCUCCUGAAGAGCUGGUCGUCAACCAGAGUGCGGAUGGCGAUGCGUUAUAG